AUUUUCUGUCAUGCUAGAAACAAUGCCGUUAGUCGCAGAGCAGCAACUAACGCCUUAUAUAGGACCUAUAGGUCACAACAUUUUCUUUAAACAGUUCAAGCCACCCCAUCGACCAUCGCAGCCCUCAUACCUAGAUCACCAUCAUAUUUUCUCUUUCAGCUCCAUCUUCGAAAGCGGAUUAAUCCUCCAUCAGGCUACCGCAGCUUAUUUUGAAGGCUUAUCUUCCUUCGGACGUAGCUAUGUCGAAUUCGGGCUUCCUGCCAAGGGCGCCCCUAUCACGAUGGGGCGCCGGACAGCGCAAAUCAUUUCUCGUACCCAUCAUCGCGGCAUCGAUAACGAUCCUUCUUCUUGUUCUGGCCAACAUGUCGUUUCUCUUCGGAGCAACCUUCGAGCAAGCAGAACGCAUUCACGCCCUCAAGAUUCUGACUGUCGACCUCGAUGGAGGUGCCAUCGGUUCGGCUAUAGCAGCUGCGUCGAAGAGUCUUCAGGCCACAAACUUCCCUACAAUCGAGUUCGGUUCGGCUUCAGAAUACUCAACACCAGCGGCGGUCAAGAAUGCUGUUUGCAAGGGAGAUUAUUGGGGUGCAAUCUACAUCAACAAAGGCGCAUCGGAGAAGCUCGCCAGCGCCCUUAGCGGAACUUCAAACACCGCCUACAACGCCGCCGACUCCGUUACCUACACCUACAAUCAAGCUCGGUAUCCAGCGAUAGGCGACUCCGUGCUCGCAAGCAACAUGCAAAAGGUCGUGGCCGCAUCCAGAGGUUUCUACUACAAAUCACCCAACGGCACGGCCGCCCUCCGGUCUUUGGAUACUGCCAACCCGGCCGCUGUCACCGCAUACCUGAACCCGAUCUCGUCCACGCCUGAUAUUAUCGGCGCCCAGACGCAAGCCAGCCGCGUCUAUUUCAACACUGUCAAUAUCAUUGUGCCGACCUUAGCCCAACUCUUCUUCAUUCUGGCGCUGAACGGUAUCUUCAUGAGCUCCGGUCUUCAUGCCAUGGCGAGGAUCCGUGACGUCUGGCUGCUUCGUUUCGUCGCCGGCAAGAUCUACUGCCUCCUUACUGCUCUCACGGUCACGGGUUACCUGUGGGCUUUCAGGGAAAAUUGGGCCGUCAGUGGCCCAGAGUUUGGCAAGACGUUGCUUGUAUUUUGGCUCUACAUGGACGUACAGUGGCAGGUGUUGGAAUCCAUUUUGGGAUCCUACCUACCCAUGCAACUCAUGCCUUUCUUCUUCUUGACAUGGAUGCUUACCAACGUGGCAAGCUGCGUCUCCCCAUUCGAGCUCAUGGCCGGCUUCUACAGGAUUGGCUAUGCUUUUCCGGCGCAUGAGGUCUAUUCCCUCUUGGUGCAGGUCUGGAGUGGCUGUGCUGACCAGACGCGCAUCGCGUUGCCUGUUCUCUUUUCCUGGUGGGUUGUGGGUCAUGUCGUGUCAGUCUUUUCUAUCCGCAAACGGUGUGUCGAUGCCAGAAAGAUGGCUGCCGCUGCCGCCGAGGAUCCGUUGAGAGACAACACAGCCUCCACUACCCCCCGCUCGAAUAGUACGGAAAUGACUUUACAUUCCAAUGAGGAGGCCGGUUCCGAGAAACAGAUAUAAGCGUGUAUGAUACCCUGGAGGAUAUGGCGUUGGAGGAAAAGGUUGAGAACACGAACGUCUGAUGCAGCAAGUUAUUACAUAGCAUAAUACAGCUUUCUUUUCGAUUCAGUUUGGGACUUCUAGAUAUGGGUAUGAAUACCUGAUAUUACGGCCUUUCAAGGUCGCUUUUCUAGACUAUGUUGCUACUCCUCAUGUGCUUUAGGAUAGGUUCAACUCACAUAGCCACGAUGUGUUCCCAAAUCAUAUCUGGCCUUCGGAGACAUCGAUACAAUACCUCUUAAUAUUAUCAACAGUACGUCCG